UUGUAUUGAUUUGUGUACUUUCUGUAAUGUGCUUUGUCAAAAUGUCACAAAUACUUUCAGAUUUUAGCUGUUUUCAAUUUUUGAUUGUUUUAAUUUUAAAUAAAAUAACAUGUAUGAUUGUGCUAAAUGGCAUGUCAGUAUAUAUUUCAGACACACACACAUACAUAUAUCCUAUGAUUAUAGCUGAACUUUACACUAAUAGGCUUAACAGCCACUCAAAAGUAAUCUUAUACCCCCUGCCAGUGCUAAAUGUAUGGAAAUAUCUAACUAACGUUUUCAACCUAAUAUUUUUGUAUUUUUCCCGCUAACAAUUCACUCAUAGCUAGUUUAGACACUUAAAUGCUGCAUAAAUGUUAUAUAAUUUUUUAUAACAGCUUCAAUUUUUUUAUGGUUUGCUUAUGAAGGAACGAUUGCUGGGCUACACAAUUGAAAAGCCCGCCGAAAUCCAUUGUAGUACAAUCCACGGCCACAAGAAGGCAUUAGGUUCGUCCAAGAAGUUGAUUCUCGUCUAUAUUCUUUAUGUUCUGUGGUACACUAAGCUAGAGUGAAUGACGUAAUUUGUAGCAGCGACAAGUGUGAUUCUUACACGUAAGGCAUACAGAGAAGAGGAAAUGUCUGCUAAGUUGGUACAGUAUGUUGUCGUACGAAAAGAUCUUCUGAAGGCUUUGAAAUGGCCAGUGGGUGCAGUCAUCGCACAAGCAUGUCAUGCGUGUUGUGCUGUAAUACAUCUUUACUAUACAGAUAAUAACACACAAGAAUACCUAAAGGAUUUGGAUAACAUGCAUAAAAUAGUGUUGGAAGUGCAAGACGAGCAAAACUUGCGAGAUCUGGAGUGCCGGUUAAAAGAGGGCGGAAUUCACCAUAAGACAUGGAUUGAACAACCAGAGAACUAUCCUACUUGCAUAGUUUUGAAGCCUUACCCUAAGGACGAAGUUCAAAAAUAUUUUAAAAAAUUAAGACUUUAUAGUGCUGAAUAAUGUAACUGAUAAUAGAAUUUACCAUGUUUCCAGUAAUAAAAUGUUUCAAAAUAAUUCCAAACAGUAAGAUAAACAUGUGUUUAACUACUACUUUUAAAUAAUUGUUUCGUUUAUUCACCCACUAUCGACAGUCUGUAAGUAGUAUUUAGAAAAUAAUUUUGGUGGUUUUUAAUCUCAUUACUGUGACAUGUUUCUGGGCUAUUUUUAGUGGAAAUGGGUAAAUAAUAAGUUUUGACUAUAUCACUCACCAAUAACAUUAAAACUCUGCUUGUGAAAUAAAAUAAUUCCAAUUA